CAUCGCCGCUGGAUGCCGUGGCCGCCGGCCUUCAAGUCCCGCCGUGCAGGCCAUGACUCCCAAGGCCCAAGCCCAGAAGGCAAAUGCGGCCUAAUUAUCCAUUCACCAGUCUAGCUCGUUUAUCUUCUUCCUCACCUCUCUCUCUCUCUCUCUCUCUCUCUCUCUCUCCCCCCGCAGCAAUGGCGGGCUGACCGCAGCCGCUGCCCGAGGCAUCCUAUGGGUAAGGCCUCCUCUGCAAACAAACCGGCCGUCUCGCGUUUGUUUUAGCUCCGCCCCUGCUCCCGCCGCCCGCGGUGCCGUCCCAGCCUCACGCACCACGAAUCCUACCCCAUCCCGCGGGGCCGCAUGUCUCUGCACCACCGAAUCCGCAGCUGCAGACGCGACUCGUAGGUUCUGGCGUUCCGCCACCCGUUGGCGGUGAAAGAGAUCACCCACCACGCGGUCCAAGGUUCUCGCCGCCGCCCGCCUGCCGCCUCGGCCGUGAACGUGAACCUGCGCCGACCACCGGGUGGAUAACGGCAGGGCGAGAUGCUGAUCCCGUGCGAUUGCUUCCUCCAUGUUCCUGCACCGCCACUGACUCCAAUACAGAAUUUUACAGCUUCAGCGCCCUGCAGAGAUAAAGGCCUCACUUUGCAGAUCAACUCUGUCUAUGCACCAGCUAGAACCUAUGAAAUUUGCCCGGAAUUGACAGUUCCAUGCACGGUUGCCAGACAGACUGGCAAAGGGAAGAAGAAAGGCAACUGGGCCCAUUAUGGUGGGUCGCUUCCAGCAAUGCUGGAGGCACUGGAUGAUGUCCAGGACGUUGGGGAAGCGCUUUGGCCGUGGAAGGACACGCUGAGCAACCGAGAGAGGACGAUCCUUCUCAAGGAGCAGAAAGAUUGGAGACGGGCGGUCGAGAUCUUCGACUGGUUUCGCAGGGAGAGGGGCCAUGAGCUCAAUGUGAUUCACUACAAUGUUGUGCUCUGUACAGUUGGGCGAGCCAGGAGAUGGGAUCUCAUUCUUAAUCUGUGGCAUGAGAUGCAUUCCUGUGGUGUGGCACCAGAUAACUCAACGUAUGGUACAUUGAUCGAUGUAUGUUGCAAAGGGGGAAGAGAACGGGCAACUUUGCUUUGGCUUGGGGACAUGUGCAAGCGGGGUUUGAUGCCUGAUGAGGUCACUAUGAGUAUUGUGCUGCAGGCACUUAAGAAGGCUGGAGAGUAUGAAACGGCUGAGCUUUUCUUCAGAAAGUGGUCCUCAGACUCAAGUGGAAGAAUGGAGGGACACCCUCGCUACAGCUUGUACACAUACAACACCUUGAUUGAUACUUAUGGAAAAGCUGGUCAACUUGAGAAAGUAUCAGAUACAUUCAAUCAAAUGUUGAAAGAAGGAGUUGCGCCAAGUGUUGUUACUUUCAACACAAUGAUUCAUGUUUGGGGUAAACACCAUAGAAUGGAGCGAGUUUCUUCUUUGGUGAGGAUGAUGGAGGAAUUCCAGUGCUUUCCUGACACUAGGACUUACAAUAUACUGAUCUCACUGUACAGAGAAAGCAACAAUAUUGAUGUUGCAGAGUACUACUUCUGGAAGAUGAAGGCAGAAAAUUUGGUACCAGAUGUAGUGAGCUGCCGCACACUCUUAUAUGGAUACUCUAUCAGUGGCAUGGUCACUAAAGCAGAAGCCCUUCUAAAAGAAAUGGAUGAGAGGGACUUUUUGAUAGAUGAAUACACACAAUCUUCUUUGACGAGGAUGUAUGUAAAUGCUGGGAUGCUUGAGCAAGCAUGGCAUUGGUUUGACAGAUUCCGUCACCAGAUGAAUUCUGAAUGCUUUUCUGCAAAUAUUGAUGCAUUUGUUGAGAAAGGAUACAUAGUUCUUGCAGAGAAGGCUUUUAUAUGCUGCCUAAAGAAGAAGAUGCUCAGUGUUUCUGUGUGCAAUGUGAUGAUCAAAGGAUAUGGGUUGGUAGACAAGCUAGAUGAGGCAUGUGAGGUAGCUGAUGGCAUGGAGAUGUAUGGCAUUUUACCUGAUUACGUGACAUACAGUUCUCUCAUUCAACUUCUGUCAACUGCUAAAUUGCCAAAGAAGGCUCUUCACUACUUGAAAAAAAUGCAAGCAGUAAAACUGCUGUCAGACUGUGUUCCAUACUCUGUGGUAAUUAAUAGCUUUGCUAAGAAUGGUGAUUUAGGAAUGGUUGAAUACCUAUUUAGAGAAAUGAUCACUUCAGGGAUCCGUGCUGAUGUUUUCCUCUACUCUAUUUUAAUUGAUGCUUAUGCUGAAGUUGGAAAGGUCCAACAAGCUACAGCAUAUUUUGGUUUGAUGAAAAAAGAUGGCUUAUGUGAGAAUGCUACAAUCUACAAUUCUUUGAUAAAGCUCUAUACAAAGGUAGGGUAUCUUGCAGAGGCCCGAGAAACAUACAAGCUACUCAGAUCAUUGGAUACUGAUACCAGCCUUUAUGCAUCUAAUUGCAUGAUUGAUCUCUACAGUGAUCAUUGUAUGGUGAAAGAAGCACGUGAGAUUUUUGAAAGUUUGAAGGCCAGGGGAAGCGCAAAUGAAUUCUCAUACGCAAUGAUGGUGUGUUUGUACAAGAAAAUUGGUCGCUAUGAUGUAGCUCACAGGAUUUGCCAGGAAAUGCAAGCUCUAGGACUUCUGACUCAAGCACUAAGCUAUAAUUCUGCUAUCCAAAUGUAUGUGUCUGGUGGAAGAAUGGAGGAUGCUUUUAAAAUAUUUAAGAUGAUGUUAGUAUCGAACACACCGCCAAAUGAUGCAACAUUCAAGGCACUAAAUGUUAUUCUAGUAAGAAGUGGAGUUACAAGGAACGAGAUUAGGAAGCUAGAAUUGCUAAGAAGAAAUAACACUCAUGAUUGCUUGCAUCAAUGGUACAAGGCACUAUCCCUUUCCCUUCAGCUGUAAGAUCAAGCGUGUGUUCUUUUCAACAUAGUAUUAUCGAUCAAUCUGCUACAAGGGCACACCCUUACCCUUUCGACAUUGACAAUUGUAGGAGUAGAAAAAGGAGUACAAGAAAGCAAGUAACUUCAUAACUGAUUUCAAAUGGUUGAAAUGUUAGAUGUAGAUACACAAUUGUGAUUAUCUGUCUACUGAACUCUAUACAGAGAAGGUGCAUACCAUUUUUGAGUAAAAAAUGUUGAUAGUUGAUUGGCAGCACAGAGAAUUCAUGGAAAUCAUUUUCACAUAUGUGUGGAUCCUGUUAGAUCUCUGCAGGUGAGUGUUAUUACUUAUAUGCCCCCAGUUUCUACGUAUCAGAAUUUAAGGUACAUGCUCUUGCAACAUCAUGGUUUUGCUAAAAUUUAACUGCUUCAGCUUGUAUGACUUCCACAAAAAGAUUCUGAAUUAUGAUGAUCUCCAACUUUGCGAUGUUUUUCUAAGUUCUGCUUGUGGUGAUUUUACUUAUUUUACUUAAUUACAUCACAGUUACUUGGCAACAUAAAUUUUCAACAAUGGCAUCGUACUUCUUGCAGGGAUCUACUAUGUUAUUGAUAAUUUCUCCUGAUAAAUCUGCAGUAUAUAUUUAUUUGACUUAUAUAUUCAAUAAAUUUGUGUUCCCUUCUUGGUGGCUCAUGUUGGAUUUCAGCUCUAGCCUAUCACAACUUCACUGCUGAAAGCCUCAAAAUUUAAGUGCCAAUUUUAUGGCAUGACACGUUUUUCAAUUUGUGUCACUUUGUAUUGAGGAAUGUGUAAUAUUUCACCAAAAAUAUACAAGUCAGAACUAUAAAUAUAAUAUUAAUUUUAAACUUCUCUGAUCAUCAUACUCCAGUGCCAUUAUUUUAUUAUAAUAUGCUCUUCUCUAGCUAUUUAUUUUUUCAUAUUAGCGCACACUUGAUCACUAAGGACAUCUGUUAAUAAUUUUCUGCCUCCUGUUAAGGCUGUACGGGUUGUAAGCAAGCACUGUUCCUUUGGCAUUGCGAGUGUUUUACAUUUGCAGCACAUAAGAAAUGUGCACCAUGGAGAACUGCAGUUUGCUGUAGGCACCCUUCUGAUUGGCUUCCGCAAACUGAGGUAUAUCAUUUUUUAUUUGAAAUUGGUCACUUCAUGUUGUCAUAUAUGAAAUAAAUAAUAACAGCUUAUUGAGUCUAAUUUGACAAUAGGCAAGAGGGGAACUUUCUAGUAUAAGUAUUAAAAUAGUUUAUAUGCAUAUAGUCAUUGUAUUUUCUGCAAGCUCAGUGUUGAUUCACCUGUCACAUUUAAACAAUGUUUUUUUUUCUUUUCAUCCCUAGCUCCAUGGAAGAUUAAGGCCUCGUUUGGUUUUUUUUAGUUUAAGUCAUAAGUCCCGUCACAUCGCAUGUUUACAGACCAAAUGAAGCGGGAUGGUGAUAAAAAAUAGAAGCUAGAGAAUAAUUACUUCUGAUAUUCCUUAUUUGGCUGAAAGGAUAUCUGCUUACCUUGCUCAUGUCGUGGUAUUUCUUGCCAUAAACAUUGAAGCUACGCACGGUGCUGUUAAUGCCAAAAAACGUGAGGUACAGGUGCUAGAGAAGAGGUACAGGUGCUAGAUUUUCUCGGUGGAUUUGGACGCAAAGACCUCAAAACUACUCACGAAGGGCUAAAAAAAAAAUGAAUGGCCAGACUAUAAUAUCGAUGAUUGGCCAGUUAAAGAGAUCAUCAAAACAGCCAUCCGGAAAGACGGGUAUGUAUGAAUUAUUUUAUAGUCUGGCAUUUUCCAUCAUAUUUCUAAUUUCUGUAAAUUUAUAAUUCUAAUUUCUCUAAAUCACUCUGUAUUUGAUGUUGCUCUGGUUGUGUACUGUAGUUAUUCAUGUGGUUUAUUCCUAAUAAAAUUCAUGGAAUAUUGGAACGGAUACAUCCUAUGUAAUGACGUUAAUCAGAUAUAUAAAAAUGUUUAUCACCACUGCUUCAUGUUCAUUAAUUGAGACAUUCAUUGGUAUAUGUUCAAAAUGAUGAUAUUAAUACUGUAAAAUAGGCUAUGAUGAAAUUCACGAUGAAGCUCGCUGGCAUUUUAUUAUCAAGUAAUCUUAACAUACGGAAAGGAAGUUAGCAAUCAAACUUCUGAUGAGUUUUGGGCUUUUGUUUCUUUGAUGAACAUGAAGCUUGGCAAUGAUGAGCGCUCGGAUAUAUUGUGUGACUACAUCAGUGCAAUUGAUGAUGACAACAUUUUGAGAAAACCUUGGCUGCGGAGCUUUGAACCAUACAACAUUAUCUGUAAAGGACCUCCAAAAUGUGUUAAGAGAAGAUCAAAGCAUGUCUCCGCAAUGCUUCAACAUAGCGGUUCGCUUUCCUGCAUAUCACUGAGUUCAGAAAAUUGACAUACUGCAGUAAUAAUAUUCCCAAACAUUUUAUGGAUCUAUGUUUCUGUGUAAGUUUUCUUCCAAGCUUUACGCAUCCUCAAUGUUAUUCUCAUCAUUGAAAAUCAGAAUUUUCAAGCAGCAAUUAUUUAUCUAAAUUUCCCCUUACGCAAA